GCGUUGACAAAGCGAUCUACCAAGUAGGGAGCUAGGAGGACAAAAAGCACCAGCGACCUGCUUCCAAAGAGAUACACAUCUAUUUGUGCAAGCAAAGAGGAAAACCCAGCCGGUUUCCUUUCCCUUUUAAAACUCCAGCUAUGGCCCUGAGCACAAGCAGCUAGAAUGUUUUUCAGAAACAUCCAAAGGAGCACUGGAAACUUACAAUGACAAACUGCAAAUGAACAGGUCGGUUCCUCCAAAACGGCAAGUAUUGAAGAUUACAGACGUCAAGCUCAUCAGCUUGCAGACAAUAGUGAAGGUGACACUGCCUGUUAAGGGGAAACAGUCUGAAGUGAAGAACAGGAAGUCUUGGUUUUGGACCCUCCUCACGUGACGGCAGCCAUGUUGCGCGGCACCAGAAGCAGAGCUCGAAAAGGGCAGGCCCCAGGUGGGCGGUGGAAGGGAUGGACUCAAAAAGCGGCUCAGCAGGAGAGGCGGCAGGGUGACAAGGGUUGGGCCACCCGCGCUCCCUCCUCUUGGCUGUUCGUUCCAGUGUUUUCCAGCGGAGGAAGGUUCAAAGCAUGGAGAAUGAUGAACUUCCGUCAGAGGAUGGGAUGGAUUGGUGUGGGAUUAUACUUAAUAGCAAGUGCGGCAGCAUUUUACUCUGUCUUUGAAAUCAAUGAGACUUACAACAGACUAGCACUGGAGCACAUCCAGCAACCUCCUGAAAAACUGAGAGAAGAAACCACCUGGAUGCACUCCUUAAAAACACGGCUGCUGUCCGUACCCUUUUGGCUGUGGACUAUUAUCUUCUUGAUCCCUUAUUUGCAAAUGUUCCUGUUCCUUUAUUCCUAUACAAGAGCUGAUCCCCAAAUGGUGGGCUACUGUAUCAUUCCUAUUUGCCUGGCUGUCAUUUGCAAACGUCACCAAACAUUUGCGAAGGCCUCCAACCAAAUUAGCAGACUGCAACUGACUGACACUUAAACCCAUCUGCGUUUCCUGAUGAGCGCUUUUAGAUAACCUGAAGGAUCUUGGCUGCAUCAGUUGAAUAUACAAACAGAAUGUGAAAUUCUUUUUCUUCACGUUAACUACUGAAUAGAGAAUCAACCUUCUAUUUUUCGAAUAAGUUGACUUUGAGUAUGGUUGCAUUCCAUUUGGUGGAAUAACUGAGCUUUCUUUGAGAUUAGAGGAUGACAUUCUUUAUAUUUGCCUUAUAAUGCAGAAUUUCUACACUCCUGAAGUUUUUGUGGAGAAAACCUAUUUGAAACCUUAUUUCACUGUGCACACCCCCUUUUAACUUCAAGCUUCCCUCAAGAGUAGGAUCAGUGGAUGAUUUACAGCCCCAAGUGCAAAUACAUAUAGAGGAACUGCCGGGUAAACAGACAACUUCUAAACAAUGAACAAUCCUAAACAAGCAUUUGCUUUCCAUUUAAAGUUAGUUGUGUACUCACUUUGCUUCUAUUGUGGAAGAGAAGAGGAGUCCACGUGCGUAAUAAAGACCAGAAGAGUCGUAACCACACAGUGGAACGCUCACAAAAAAUGCAAAGUUUAAACUGAAUUAGAUUAUUUUUGGAACUGCUGAAACUACAGAGAAGUCGAAGCAAAGGGGAUGGGGAAGCAGACACGAGAUUGUUCAGAAGACUGGAAAGAUCAUGAACAUUAUGUCUAAGACAAUUGUGGCUACUUUUUUGUCUUCUGGACAUGUUGGGUAAGAGAGAGGCUCUUAACUAGCAGAGUGGGGAGAAUCAGACAUUUUAGAGCUGAUUAAUAAGUGAGUCUUAAGGAACAAUUACAAUAAGUUAGAAAAUGAGAUAAUCACAGG